ACUUUGUUUAUCGGAGGAACCAUUCAGUUUCCAAAAAAAAAAAAAAGUUCUACAGUAAAAUCUUCCGAGUGUCUAGGGUUUUUCGUUACUGUGUAGUUGAGGGGGACUGGGGAGGGAUCGAAGAAUUGCGCCGAGGAGGAGGAGGAGAGUGUGAGAUUGUUUUUUUUUUAUAUUUCCGAUAUGGAUUCUGCGGAGGAUGUUGCUAUAGUGGUUGAAGAAGCGAACGGUCGCGGCCGUAGGAUUCGGAGAGCUUCUACGAAGAUAGCGAAUUACGUUGACCAUGUCACUGACGACGACGAAGACCAAGGACCCAAGAAGCGAAAGUGCAGAGUCCAAUAUGUGUCAUCAAUGUCAAAGGAAUGAUAAAGGGUACGUUGUGCGCUGUCAGAACUGCAAGACGAAACGUUUUUGUCUCCCCUGCUUGAAAACUUGGUACCCCAACAUACCACAAGAUGAUGUUGCCACUAAAUGCCCAUUCUGCUGUGGUAUUUGCUGUUGCAGACGAUGUUUGCGUCUUGAUAAUAAGAUACACGGCAUAAAUCCGAAUCUCGAGGUCAGCAAGGACGCCAAGAUUCAAUGCUCUAAAUAUAUUUUGCGAUGGCUUCUCCCACAUAUGAAGGAAUUAGUUGAUGAACAACUUGCUGAGAUGGAAAUUGAGGCCAAGAUAUCAGGACUGGAGUUUGAAGAGGUGAGGCCCCUAGACGCUGAAUCUUUCCCUGAUGAAAGACUAUACUGUGAUAUCUGCAAGACUUCGAUCUUUGAUCUCCAUAGGAGUUGCUCGGCCUGUCCUUGUGAUAUCUGCCUUACAUGUUGCCUUGAGAUCCGCAAUGGAAAGGCUGAGGCAUGUCAGGAGGAUGUGUCCUGGAAUUAUGUUAACCGAGGUUUAGAGUAUGAACAUGGAGACGAAGGCAAAGUUAUUGAUCAGCCGGAUGAUGAUGAUAAUCCUAAUGAGAAGCCAGAUGAUAAGCCGGUUUGCAAAGACCAUAUGAAUGACCCAUCUUUGUGGAAAGCAAAUGAAGCUGGAAUCAUUAUUUGUCAUUGUGGUGCUGAGGGUUUAAAGUUGAAACGCCUACUUCCUGAUGGUUGGGUAUCUGAUUUGUUAAAGAAAGUAGAAAAACUUGCUGAUGCCAGCGGCGAGCUUUUGGAUUUACCUGAAACUGUUUUGGAGCAAUGCCCUUGUUAUAAGUCUAAUGGUCAUAUUGACAUGGACAAUGGUGGUAAACUGUUAAAGGCUGCUUGUCGAGAAGGUUCGGAAGACAAUUAUCUGUAUUGUCCAAGCGGAAGAGAUGUUCAACAAGAUGACUCGAAGCAUUUUCAACAUCAUUGGGUAAAAGGUGAGCCUGUGAUUGUGAGGAAUGUGCUUGAGGCUACAUCUGGUUUUAGCUGGGAACCAAUGGUAACGUAUCGUGCCUGCCGUCAAAUACGCAGCACCAAUCAUGAAACACUUCUAGAUGUUCUUUCUACUGAUUGUCUGGACUUCUGUGAGGUAAAGACUAAUCUUCGCGACUUCUUUACCGGAUACAUUAAGGGCCGAUAUGAUCGAAUGGGUUGGCCACAAGUUUGGAAACUGAAAGAUUGGCCUCCAUCUAAGGCCUUCGAAGAAAACUUGCCACGUCAUGCGAUGGAGUUCUUAUGCAGUUUGCCUUUGAAGCAGUACACUCACCCUGAUAAUGGACCAUUGAAUCUGGCUGUCAAACUGCCUAAAAAUUGCUUGAAGCCAGACAUGGGGCCAAAGACAUAUAUUGCUUAUGGAUUUGAGCAAGAGUUUGGCCGUGGAGAUUCUGUUACUAAGCUCCAUUGCGACAUGUCUGAUGCGGUGAAUGUAUUGACGCACAUAUCUGAAGUGGCCAUUAAAGUGGAAAACCAAUCUGGAAUUGAAGAACUGAAAAAGAAGCAUGCUGAACAAGAUCUCAAAGAGCUGUAUAGCUCUGUAGCUAGCUAUAACAAGGAGGAAAUGAUAAAGAUUCUUGUCAAGUCUAAACAAGAAGCCGAAAAUGUUGAAUCUGAUGAUGGAGCUCUCUGGGACAUUUUCCGUAGAGAAGACAUUCCCAAACUAGAAAGUUACCUUCUGAAACAUUACCAGGAGUUUAGACAUUUCUACUGCUGCCCUUUGCCCCAGGUUUCUCAUCCGAUACACGACCAGACCAUCUAUCUAACACGAUAUCAUAUCAAGAAGCUGAAAGAAGAAUAUGGUAUUGAACCAUGGACCUUUAAUCAGAAGCUUGGAGAUGCUGUCUUAAUACCUGUCGGGUGCCCGCAUCAAGUCAGAAAUUUGAAGUCCUGCACAAAGGUAGCGCUUGACUUUGUCUCACCUGAAAAUAUCAGCGAGUGUUUACGCUUGACAAAACAGUUUCGUCUACUUCCACCUAAUCAUUUUGCAAAAGAAGACAAGUUGGAGGUUAAGAAGAUGAUAAUCCAUGCAGUCGAUAAGUCUCUCAGGGACUUAAGUGGACAGGAGUAUCCAGAACCCGAAGAGAAGAAAACAUUUAAGGGAGGGAAAAGUAAGGCAAAGGGGGGAGCCAAGGGAGGUGUUAAGGCUGCCAAAAAGUUACCUCGAAGUGAAAGGUCUUUGGAAGCUGAAGUGGAGAAAAAAGCUGAAGAGGAGAAAUCAAAAGGGAUAGUCGAUAAGACUCUCGAAGACUUACCUUCAAGUGAAAAGUCUUGGGAGGAGAAAUCAAAGGGGAUAGUGAAUCCAAUCGAUAAGGCUUUAGAAAACUUGCCUCCAACUGAAAAGAAGUUUCAAGAAGCCGAAGGGGUGAAAAGAGACAAGAUAGUAAAGACAUACGAGCGGAGGAGAAAGCGGACAGGUGAAGAAAUCAACGCAAAGACAUUAUUAGCAAAUUUACAAGCGGAGAAGAUGUAGGAGUAGUGGUAGUAGUCUUUUGUUGUAGCUUUAGCCAACUCACUAAGUUAAACAGAGCACCAAUGGAGUGAGUGAGUGUGAGAAGAUACUUGCCGUUAGUUACUUCUAAUCCAACUUUUUGGCAUAUUUUGUAUUAUCUCCUUAAUCUACUCUGAUUCUAUGACGUAACAGUUACCUUAUUUUCUCGAGAUAAUUGCUGGAGUUAAU